GCCGUUUCUUCAGGUACCGACAGCAUCAGUGCAAUUCCAUCCACGCAAGUGAACAACCAUAUCAAACACACACCACACAAGCCACCAGUCUCUCUCUCUCUCUCUCUCUCACCCUGCAGGAGAACGCAGCACAGCACAGCACGGCCAUGGCGACGCCGAGGACGAUGAGAGCCGUGCAGUACGACAAGUACGGCGGAGGAGCAGACGGCCUCAAGCAUGUGGAGGUGCCGGUCCCGUCCCCGAAGGAAGGCGAGGUGCUGCUCAAGAUGGAGGCGGCCAGCAUCAACCCCAUCGACUGGAAGAUCCAGAAGGGCAUGCUCCGCCUCUUCCGCAUGCCCAGCAAGUUCCCCUUCACCCCAGUUAGCGAUCUGGCCGGCGAGGUCGUGGAGCUGGGCAGCGGCGUGAGCAACUUCAAGCCAGGAGAAAAGGUCAUCUCCAUCUGCUUCCCGCACGGCGGCGGGCUCGCAGAGUACGCGGUGGCGCCGGCGUCGCUGACGGUGGCGAGGCCCGCGGAGGUGUCGGCCGUCGAGGGCGCCUGCCUGCCGACCGCCGCGGGCACCGCUCUCCAGCUACUGAAGGCCGUCGGUGUCAGCUUCGACGGCGGGCCGCCGCCGUCCGGCUCGUCCGGCCCAAAGAACUUGCUGGUCACCGCGGCCUCCGGCGGCGUGGGCCACUACGCGGUGCAGCUGGCCAAGCUCGCGGGCGUCCAGCACGUCACGGCCACCUGCGGCGCGCGCAACGCGGGCCUCGUCGCGGGGCUGGGAGCGGACGAGGUGCUGGACUACAGGACGCCCGAGGGCGCGGCCCUGCGGGGCCCGUCCGGCCGGAGGUACGGCGCCGUGGCGCACUGCGCGACAGGCGUCCCUUGGUCGGUGCUCAGGGCGGCGCUGGACGACGGCGGCGGCACGGUCGCCGACGUCACGCCGGGUAUCGGCGCCGCCGUCACGUCGUUCCUGCAGAAGGUGACCUUGUCCAAGAAGAGGCUCGUGCCGCUGAUGCUGGCGCCCAAGACGGAGGAGAUGGAGUGGCUGGUGGACGUGGCGAGGCAGGGGAAGCUCAGGACGGUGGUGGACUCCAGGUACCCGCUGAGCAGAGCACAGGAGGCGUGGGCGAAGAGCAUGGACGGGCAUGCCACUGGCAAAAUCGUUGUAGAGAUUGGAGGCGCCGUAUGAGCAUGGCAACGUAGAACUAGAACCAUUGUAGAAUCAUGCAGACAUUGAUUUGCUCGUGUAUGCGUGGUUAUUUGUGAAACUACAAUAACAGGAGUCAGAAGCAUAUGAAAGAUCUCUAUUCGAUUA